GACACGAUUGACUCCGACGCCGCCGCCACACCCGGCACCGCCACACCCGACGCCGCCAUACCCGGUGGGCUGGGCGGAGGUGGGCUAGGCGGUGGCGGUGAGGGCGGCGGGGGCGAGGGAGGCGGUGAGGGCGGCGGUGGCGAGGGAGGCGGCGAUGGCGGCGGCGGCGAGGGUGGCGGCGCCGCGACCUCGAGCGCGGCCACGAUGCCGCGGUCGAUGGAGACGACGCUUCGGCGCGUCCGCGAGUGCCUCGAGCGAGCGCCUCCGAUCGCCUCCAACCCAGAGGGCGCCUUCGCCGCCGCCGUGGCGGCGGCGCAGCGCUUGGUGUCUCUUCUGGCCGCGCACGGUCUUCAGUCCGGGCAGAACGAGAGGCAGCUGUACGUGCACCGGCUGCUACGCGCCACACUUCUGGCGACCGCGCGCACCGCUAGGCAGGAGCGGCUGCCGUAGAAGCAGAAUACGCGUUCUCGUCUCCCAGCCAGCGCUCGAGAGGACACGCCUUCGUCGUUGCUCCGCUGUAUUCGGCUAUAAUCAACUGUGCUCGCAGCCCCUCGUCCUCACGCGGCGCUCUGAAGACUCUGCACGAGACCGCCUUCCCCGCCCUGAGGUUGGCGUAUUCACCUCGCAGGAGCGGCACGCCACGGCGCUCGCGGCCGACGCGCCG